UCUGCGCCAUCUGUACCCAUUAGACGGAACACAGUGCAGGCCACGAGGAUAGAGAAUCAUGUCAACAAACACACUUACAUUCGAAGGGUGUAAUUUCUUUCGCCAACGUCUUGUUUUGGCAACGUUGAGUGGAAAGACUGUUAAAAUAAGAAAAAUAAGAUCUACAGAUGACAACCCUGGUCUUAGAGAUUUUGAAGCUAGUUUUAUCAGGCUUCUUGAUAAACUUACAAAUGGAUCAAAAAUUAUCGUGAGUGAAACAGGAACUAGUGUGUUUUAUCAGCCUGGGUUGCUGUCAGGGGGAAGUAUCGAGCAUGACUGCAGCACCCAGAGAUCCCUGGGAUACUACAUCGAGGGGCUGCUGCUGCUGGCACCGUUCAUGAAGCGACCAAUCAAAGCUGUCCUCCGGGGUGUCACCAAUGACAAGACAGAUCCAUCUGUUGAUUCAAUCAAAUUGUCCACAUUUCCUGUGUUGAAGAGGUUUCUGGGUACAGAUGAGGGUCUUGAACUGAAGGUGACUCGGCGUGGUGCAGCCCCAGAUGGUGGAGGGGAGGUUGUGUUGUGUUGUCCAUGUCGUCAGAAGCUCCGACCCAUACUGUUCACAGAGGCAGGCAAAGUCAAGCGGAUCAGAGGUGUGGCGUGGGCGACAAGAGUGUCACCUUCCAUCACCAACAGAAUAGUGGAGUCAACACGAGGGGUGCUGAACCAGUUCCUGCCAGACAUCUACAUCUACACAGACCACAGGAAGGGCGGACAAUCGGGAAAAUCCCCAGGCUUUGGACUGACUCUAGUAGCAGAGACUCUGAAUGGGGCAUUCCUGUGUGCAGAGUCAGCCUCCAAUGAGAAAGGAUCAACAGAAGGUCCAACAGUGCCUGAAGACCUUGGCAGAAACACAGCUAAACUCCUCCUGGAGGAGAUAUACCGGGGUGGCUGUGUUGACUCCAGUAAUCAGAGUAUGGCCGCCCUCUUCAUGGUUCUGGGACAACAGGAUGUCUCAAAAAUACAGACAGGAACCCUAUCGUCUUACACGAUCCAGUUCCUGCGAGACAUCCACCAGUUCUUCCAGGUUCAGUUCAAGGUGGAUGUACAGAGUCAUGGCCCAGAGGAGGAGGAGGGGCUGCAGGAGGGAGGGGAGAAGCUUCUCUUGACCUGUGUAGGGGUUGGUUUUACAAAUGUCAGUAAACCUGUUUUAUAGCAUACAAA